UCGCAUCGGCGCGAUUGAUCAUUUGCGAGAUUAUUUUUUAUUUAUAAAUAUCUCGGACCCGUUGCCAAUUGGGACCACUUAGUCUAAAUGUUUCUCCUUGACAUUCCAUUGAUGACAUCGUGAGAGUGUUCCGAACCUGUCGGUUAGGCAGGUGCAAACAGUUGCAAAUGCCACAGAAGGUUUUCCUGCCUUGUUCCAAACAUAAAUAGUUAUUGAUUGACGCAAUUGGAGGAUUUGAUUUGAGUUGAGAGAGAGAGAGAGAGAGAGAGAGAGAGAGAGAAGGAGAGAUUAUAUCUUUUAAAAAUUUCGUAUUUAACUGAACACAUAAUUUGGAUGUUAUAAUAAGCUACAACUAGGACGCUAAUCUGAUUCUCAAAUGAAUUGAGGAAGCAACAUUACAUUUUAUUUUCGAUGCCAGAAUCAUGUUUUAUUUUAAAACAUGCAAAGUACAACUCAGCAUUGCUAAAAAGAAUACACUUUAUGUCUGCUCAUAACGUCACCGUCCGAAUCAAUCAAAACUGCUAAGAUACUUAAGUAAAUAUUGAGUGUCUCUCAUCACUGAAAAAUUUAUUAAUUAUAUGGAAGAAUCACGAUGACAAAAAUGAACGAAAUGAUGAUACGGGUGUUAUACGGAAGCGAGACCGGAACCGCUCAAGACGUUGCUGAACAAAUCUGGAAGAGCGCCAAAAGGAAAGGAUUGCGAAGCACAGUAUCAUCUCUGAAUGACUAUGACAUUCAAAAUCUCCCUUCCGAACAACUGAUUAUCUUCGUUGUCGCAACAACUGGACAAGGAGAUCCUCCAGCCAAUAUGAAACAAUUCUGGAGACAUCUGUUACGCAAGACUCACCCAGCAACCAUGCUCCAAAAUCUAAAAUAUGGCGUACUUGGAUUGGGCGAUAGUUCUUAUUCAAAAUUCAAUUUUGCUGCGAAGAAAUUAAAUAAACGUCUCAUGCAAUUAGGUGGCGAAGAAUUAUUACCCAUUGGACUUGCCGAUGAUCAGCAUAAUCUAGGAAUUGAUGCUGUGGUCGAUCCCUGGAUCAAAAAAUUGUGGGAAGAAAUUGCAAAUGUUUUCAAAAUUUCUGUAGAGGACAAAAUAAACAAAGAAGAUUUGAUAAUUGAGAGAUAUAAUAUUUCAAUAAUAGAAAUGAAUCAAUCAAAUCCGAUACAUAUUGACGAAAGGUUACUAGACAUUUCAUAUCAUUUAAAUACUGACAUAUAUGCACAAGAAACAUUCAUUAAUAGCGACAUCAGAAUAGGAACGAUAGUUGAAAAUAUAAGAACUACUUUCCAAGAUCACUUUCAAGAUGUUAGAUUAAUAACAAUCGAAGCGAAUAAUAUUAAUUACAAUCCUGGAGACGUUAUCUACAUUAGACCGAAGAAUACGGCGGAACAAGUAAAACGGUUCUUUGAUAUACUACACGAACACGAUAUAAAACUGUUUCCAGAUACAAUAAUUCAAGUAUCGGAGAAGGAGAUAAAGAUUCCAUUUGUUUUAAAACAAAAUUUAACUUUAGGAGAGAUUGUUGAGCAAUACUGGGAUCUGAAUUUCAAGCCACGAAGAUCUACCAUGCACACUUUAUCUCUUAUCAGCGAAAAUGAAUUAGAGAAAGAAAAACUGUGUGAAUUUGCCAGUCCGAUUGGCCAAGAAGAGCUUUAUGAUUAUAUAAACAGGCCAAGAAGAAAUGUUUUGGAAGUCCUCACAGAUUUCCCUCAUACGACCAGUAAAUUAAACAUUAAAUUAUUGUUUGAAAUCAUGUCACCCAUAAAGCCACGUCCUUAUAGCAUUGCCUCCAGUUUAGAAGAUACUCCAAAUAGAAUACAAGUUCUAGUAGCAGUAGUUAAAUUUAAGACUAGAUUGAUGAAGCCGAGAUUUGGGUUAUGUUCAAAGUGGUUGGCAAGUUUAAAUAAUAAUGACAAAGUGAUAUUUUGGCUGCAGAAAGGUACUUUUCGGUUUGAUAAUGAUAAGCCGAUGAUUUUGAUUGGUCCUGGAACUGGAGUGGCUCCGUUUAGAUCUUUGCUUUUAGAAAAAGUGAAAAAAGGAAAAGAUUUAAAAGAAUGUAUCCUGUUUUUUGGAUGUAGAAAUGAGAGUAAGGAUUAUCACUGUAGAGAAGAUUUUGAACGUUUAUCAAGAAAAAAUAAUCUGAAAGUAUUCUGCGCGUUUUCCAGAGAUCAGCAUCACAAAAUAUAUGUCCAACAUCUUAUCCGCCAACAAAGAGAGCUGUGUUGGCAGUUUUUAGAAAAUAAUGGUAAUAUUUAUUUAGCAGGAACAGAACCAGUACGUCUUUCACCAGGAUGGGAAGGCACAGGUAGACCUGACGACGAAUUGAAUUUUAAAGGUGUUACAAUGGAUCAAGCAGAUCUCGAAUUGAAUCCUCCUAGAGAUAGAUUAAAUUUAGUAUUUUUCAUAUUGGUACUUCAUGGAAUCGGUGCCUUGAUGCCAUGGAAUAUGUUUAUAACAGCUAAAGAUUAUUUUGUCAGUUACAAAUUGUCGAAGGAAUACACUGGUGUAGCUACAAACUAUGCGAUGAAUUUUCUCGCAUAUCUGUCAUUUGCAUCACAAGUACCAAAUUUAUUAUUCAAUUGGCUGAAUAUAUUUUUACAAUUUGGAGGCAACUUAACUACGCGUAUAGUAUGGAGUAUCUUUGUUUUGGUCUUAAUAUUUGUCUUUACUGUCAUUUUGGCAAUGACUGAUAGUUCUGGUUGGCCUGGAAUAUUCUUCUGGAUUACUAUGAUAUCUGUGGUUGUAUUAAAUACUGCCAAUGGCAUUUAUCAGAACUCAGUGUUUGGAAUGGCAGCUAAAUUACCUUUCAGAUACACAGGUGCUGUUGUCUUAGGCUCGAAUAUUAGUGGAACUUUUACAGCCAUAAUAAAUUUCCUAGUUCAAAUAAUGGCGCCGAACGCGCGCACUGCCGCAAUAUAUUACUUCAUCACGGCUUUAUUUAUUCUCCUGGCCUGCUUUGACACAUACUUUGCACUUCCAAUUAAUAGAUUUUAUCGAUAUCACGAGCUUCUUCAUCAAAAAGAGACGAAUAAAAGGCAAUUAGAGAACAAUUCAAGAGGAAAAUAUAAACCAGCUUAUUGGAAGGUGUUCAAGGCAUGCUUCCCACAAUGUUUCAAUAUAUUUUUAAUCUUCUUCGUCACUUUAGCGCUUUUUCCAUCUGUCCAAUCUGAUAUACAGUCUUCAGACAAGAAUUUUGUAAUUCCCUCUGAAUAUUAUAGCAAUGUUAUGUGCUUUUUAACAUUCAAUAUCACUGCCAUGCUAGGAAGUUUAAUCGCAUCGUUGGUUCAGUGGCCGAGCAAAAAGUAUCUGGUGAUUCCAGUGAUUCUGCGAGUUGUUUACAUACCAUUGUUCUUGAUCUGUAACUAUCAGCCGAUGGGCACAGAAAGAAUAUUGCCGGUACUUAUUAAGAAUGAUUGGGUGUUCUGGGUCAUUGCCAUUACUAUGGGCCUUACUAGCGGUUAUCUGUCGUCAUUAUCGAUGAUGUAUUGCCCUAGAAUGGUGGAUUCACAGUACGCUUCGACGGCCGGCAUGUUUGGAGCGGCUUCUUUGAUGACGGGGAUUUUCACGGGAAUUCUAUUUUCCAUGGUGAUGCCUUCUAUCGUGGCCAACAUAAAAUUUUGAUCGUUUUAAAGAUAAGGUUCAGCAAUAUGCUUAUAUCAACUCAGGAGCUAAAAAAAUAUUGCAAAUUAAGAAUGCAGUCUAUCUCCCACACACACAUAAUUACAAAUUAAAAUGAUGUGAAAUAACAAUUUAAAAGCUUGAAGAAAUAACAAUGUUGAAGAAGAAAAGUAAAACGUUAUUCCUAAGAACAACUCGAGAAAAGAAAUGACUUUUCAGAAAUGAACAUUACUUUCCUCGACACAAAUAAGAGAGAUGUUUUCCAGAAUGCUCGUUUGCUUAUAUAUACGUUAAAUACAUACAUAUAUAUAUAUCUAAUCGUACAAUUCUUUAAAUAACAAUUAAGGACAUAAAUAACAAUAUAAGGACAAGCUCUUAAUUAAGUAAAAGCUAUUUGGAAGCAAUGCGUGUUUUUUAUAAGUGUGUGGCUUGGAGUUUUUAUUGAUUGAUAAUUUUUAAAGUCCCGUUAAUAGAAGAAAUAGAUACAAAAGUAAAUUAAGACCAUGUAAAGUGCAUUAAUGAUACAAAAUGAUCAUCUCAUACAACAGAUUUGUAUAGGAAAUACCGGAAUCCAUGGUUUUAUGAGAAUUAUAAAAACUAAUUCUCUACUAUUAUUACUACUGCCCCUAUUACUAAAACCGGACCAAUAAGCCUUAUUAAUAAAAAGAAGUUAAGCGGCGCUCCAUUUUUUGUAUUGUUCAAAUAGAAAUCGCUAAAUCAUUAUCAGGAAGAUCACAUAUUUAAACCUGUAAUUCGUUACGCGUUUAACACUAAAUGCAUUUUUUAUUUAUUACAAUCACAUUUAAGAGAAAAUAAAAACAUUUAAUAGAAUUGUUCUCUCAUGUAGUGCUAAACGCGUAACGAGAAUAUAUCUCUUAAUAGAUAAGCAUUACAUUUUUAAAUAGAGUUUACUAAAGUUGUCACGCUGAAUUUCCCUGCAAAAAAUAUUUCAAUUUUGAAAUUACUAUAGCUAUAGAUAAGUAAUAGUUGAAACUAAUUUUAAA